CUCUUCCUGAACUCAUCACUCCAUUACCAAACAUGUCUUUGACUUGGGUCAAGAACCUCUUGGGGUCUUCAGAGACGCUCACCGAAAAGUCGUACGCUCAAUUGCGUUCAUCCAGUGAUGUAGAGUCGCUGGCAUCUACACAAGUCGACAGUCCGCUCGAGACAGAAUCACACAGACGCAAGACCAUGAUUGAUGCUCGAGUCAUCUCAGAUGCCAUCAUUGGUCUCUCUGAUGGUCUUACGGUUCCAUUCGCCUUGACUGCUGGCUUGUCAGCUUUGGGAGAUUCGAGAGUGGUCAUCCUUGGUGGUGUCGCAGAACUAAUUGCCGGUGCCAUUUCCAUGGGACUUGAGNAAUCCUAUCGCGCUACAUUAUCCUCCACACGCACACAAGUCGCAGAGACACCCUCAGCCGCCGCAAACUCCGUCUCCACCAUCCUCGAUUCAUUCGAACUGCCAGAAAACCUCGUCAACGAACUUAGCUUCCACCUCUCCAAGUCACCACAUCUCUUGGAUUUCUUGAUGCGAUUCGAACACAUGCAACCAGAACCCGCCAGCUCACGAGCUAUCACCUGCGCCAUCACAAUCGCACUUGGCUAUCUGAUCGGUGGACUUGUUCCUCUGAUUCCUUACUUCUUUGUGCCUAGGGAAGAUGUGUUGUUGGCUCUGUACUGGUCGUUUGGUGUCAUGCUAAGUUGUUUGUUUGUGUUUGGAUACUCAAAGACCGGGUUUGUUGCUGGGUGGAAGGGCAAAGAGAAGGUUUGGCAGGGUGUAAUAGGAGGUGUCCAGAUGAUGUUUGUGGGUGGCGUGGCUGCGGGUUGUGCGAUGGGCAUCAUUAGAUUGUUCCACAACCUUGCCUCAGAC